AUGGACGAGAUAUUUCAAAGAUUGAAGAACAAAGAUAAAGCCGUACAGCAAAAGGCUGUCUACGAUCUUCGUUUACUGGUCGAAGGUCAACCAAACUUAUUAAAUGAAGCCAAUAAGCGCAUAUUUGAAAUGAUGCAGCCUGACACGCCUGAUGCUCAAAAAAUCGGAGGAAUACUUGCAAUUGAUAUACUUAUUAGAGAUGAAAUUGAAAUAGCUACUUUAUCUCGCUUCACAAAUUAUUUAAAAUUGGUCUUGCCAUGUAAUGAUCAACAGAUUAUGAUAUUAGCAUCAAAAGCAUUAGGAAAAUUGGCUGCUCCAAGUGGUGCAGUUACUGCAAUUUUUGUACAACGUGAAGUAAAUAAUUCACUUGAAAAUCUUCAAGGUGACAAAAGUGAAUAUCGCCGUUAUGCUGCUGUAUUAGUGUUAAAAGAACUUGCUCAAAAUACACCAACUUUAAUUUACACCCAUGUACCUUCAAUACUUGAUCAUAUAUGGAAUGGUUUACGUGAUCAGAAGCAAAUGAUUCGUGAGGCAUCAGCAGAAACAUUAAGUUCUUGUUUGAAAAUUGUUUGUGAAAGAGAAAGUGCUUAUAGGAUACAAUG